UUGAGGGAGACGGACGGACGGGCCGGCGGCGCUUCCGGCGUGAGGCGUGCGGGGCCUGGCGAGCGGGCCGGGCCGGGCCGGGCCCCGCCAUGGGCAUCCUGGAGAAGAUCUCCGAGAUCGAGAAGGAGAUCGCCCGCACGCAGAAGAACAAAGCCACUGAGUACCACCUUGGCCUGCUGAAGGCAAAGCUUGCAAAAUACAGAGCUCAGUUGCUAGAACCCUCCAAAUCCUCAGCUGCUAAAGGAGAAGGCUUCGAUGUGAUGAAAUCUGGAGAUGCCCGAGUGGCGCUGAUCGGUUUUCCUUCUGUGGGUAAGUCCACGUUUUUGAGUUUAAUGACCUCAACUGCCAGUGAAGCUGCGUCUUAUGAGUUCACAACCCUGACGUGUAUCCCAGGAGUUAUAGAAUACAAAGGAGCCAAUAUUCAGCUGCUGGAUCUGCCUGGAAUCAUUGAAGGAGCAGCACAAGGGAAGGGCAGAGGUCGGCAGGUGAUAGCUGUGGCGCGGACAGCCGACGUCGUUAUUAUGAUGCUGGAUGCCACAAAGGGUGAAGUACAGAGGGCCUUGCUGGAGAAAGAACUGGAAUCUGUAGGAAUCCGGCUGAACAAAAGCAAACCAAAUAUCUACUUCAAGCCGAAGAAGGGUGGAGGUAUCUCCUUCAACUCAACUGUCACAUUGACUCAGUGCUCCGAGAAGUUGGUGCAGCUCAUCCUUCAUGAAUAUAAAAUCUUCAAUGCUGAGGUCCUCUUCAGAGAGGAUUGUUCCCCUGAUGAGUUCAUUGACGUGAUUGUAGGCAACAGGGUCUACAUGCCGUGCCUCUAUGUUUAUAACAAGAUUGACCAGAUAUCUAUGGAGGAAGUGGAUCGUCUUGCUCGGAGACCCCACAGUGUUGUAAUCAGCUGUGGCAUGAAACUGAACCUGGACUACUUGCUGGAGAAGCUCUGGGAAUACCUGGCACUUACCUGCAUCUACACCAAGAAACGAGGACAGAGACCAGACUUUACAGACGCCAUUAUUCUACGGAAAGGGGCCUCUGUGGAGCAUGUGUGCCAUCGAAUUCACAGAUCGUUAGCCAGCCAGUUCAAAUAUGCCUUGGUGUGGGGGACAAGCACAAAAUACAGCCCUCAAAGAGUGGGCUUAACCCAUAUGAUGGAGCAUGAAGAUGUCAUUCAGAUCGUAAAGAAGUAACUCUCUUCGCUGGUGCCUGGCCUUGUCUUUAAUCACUAGAAUUGGAACUGACCACAUAAAAGCAAAACAAAACAAAAAAAAAGAAAAAAAGAAAAAGAAAAAGGGAGAUGUGUUCCACAGCCAAGAAAGCUUCCGUGAAGCUCCUUCUCUUGGAGAAAGGCAGAAAAUGAGGCUACUGUACUUGCAGGUGGGGAUGGGGAAGAUGGGUUUCCAUCUUGCGGCAUUUCAGGUGAAGUAAUUCUUCUUAAAAAAGGAGCCAGUUCUUCUAGGACACGGUUCCCACAGCCAGCAUUGCCCUGCCCCUAGCAGGGUUUGCAGAUGGAUCUGUGUGUUAACCUACCAGUGGCUUGCUUAACCAGUGGGAAGUUUAUGGGUUUGUGUGAACAAAUCUGGCCCUGUGCUUUGGGACAGGGAAGCCAGGGCUGAGAGACCAUUGCUGAUGCUUUGCUGCCUAUCCAUUCACUUAAUUUAAGAAUUGUUCUGAAACGGAAACAAAGUUCUCCCUCCCCUGCUUAUUGAACGCGUUGUCUCUGCAGCUUUCACCGUUGGGAGACUUCACUCUCUGCAUCUGAGACAAACCCCGGUGAAUUUGUAAUGGUCCCACCUCAAUUAACGUUAAAACGUGGCACUCUGUGCCUCUCCUUAGCUCUGCAGUAGAGUUUGUAGGACAUCCUGGUCCAACUGGUACUGAGAGAGAUGAGAAAUGAAACCUUGUUAAUGAAUGAUUAACCUGGCCAAACUGCAGCAGGGUAUGAUCAAAGAGCCAUAGACUGCAGUGAGAAUUCACUUCUGGCAUAUCACUCAUUGAGGAGCUGUCUUGGGAGUUUCCUCCUUUGCUCUUGUCCUGCCCGUUAGUCCCCAGGAGUAUUGCUGGGGAUCUCAUUCUUUCUCAACCGUGCCCCUAAAUUCCAGUCACAGCUCUUUGAGCUGAAGGUACCAUCCCAUGCCAUGGGUUUUACCCCAGCCCUGUUAAACAUCGUUGCUUUUCUGGGUAUUUUUCAUCAGAAAUCUGGGAUUUUUCUAAUCAUGCUUUUUCAUUGAAUACUGAUGCUAAACAAUUCAGAGUGCCUGAUAGAGAACAGCUCUUUCCUUCUGGGAUCAAGAGUUGCCAAUAGCUUUUAUUUUCUUUCAUUGAAAAAGGGUUCGGUCUGAUGUGGAUUCUUAACUGUGAGGACAGGUCUGAUAGCAGAUUUGUCUGAGCAGGGCUCCUUCCCUCUCCUUUGUGCUCCUCCCCACCCCUCACAAACUGAUCGAGCAGAAAUGGAAGGAUUAUUUUAUUUGAGAAAAUAAAAGUUGCUAUUUCAUGUGAA